ACAGCACGCUACACGCCUCUAGAAGCUUCUGCGGCUGGGUUGGCGCGGCCCAUUAAUUAAAUACAAGAGUCAACAAGCGAGGGCCUUUCCCCUUCUCCAAGCCAACCCCAGAAGAGGGUUUUAUCUAUCUAUACAGGGUUUUUGGUAUUGUUUGUACUUUGUAGGUCUCCUCUUAUCUCCUUCUCUUCCUCUGCAAAACCCUAAUAAGUUAUUGCGGCGGCUCGAGGGCUCGAUCGCUUUCGCAGCAGCUAUCUCCGAUGGCGAUCGGCUCCGUGCUCAUCUCGCGGCUGAGCAGGUCCAGGCCCUUGGCCUCCGGCGUCUCCUCCGCCCUUUCUAAGGCAUCUGUUCAGCUCAAACUGUUCAGCGGUUCCUCCCCGUUUGCCCCCAGAUGGGGAUCUAUAGCAAGAGCUUUCAGCUCAAAACCUGCUGGAGCGAAUGUUAUCGGGAUCGAUUUGGGAACUACAAAUUCUUGUGUUUCAGUCAUGGAGGGCAAGACGCCCAAGGUGAUCGAGAAUGCUGAAGGUGCAAGGACGACACCUUCUGUCGUUGCUAUUAAUCCGAAGGGUGAACUCCUAGUGGGUACCCCUGCAAAGCGCCAGGCUGUGACGAACCCAACAAACACUGUAUUCGGCACCAAACGCUUGAUCGGAAGAAGGUUUGAUGACCCACAAACUCAGAAGGAACUAAAAAUGGUGCCCUAUAAAAUUGUGAAGGCCCCAAAUGGAGAUGCUUGGGUGGAGAUGAAUGGGCAACAGUACUCACCCAGUCAGAUUGGUGCAUUCGUCCUCACCAAGAUGAAGGAAACAGCAGAGGCCUACUUAGGUAAAUCUGUCUCAAAGGCUGUUAUUACUGUCCCAGCUUAUUUCAAUGAUGCUCAGCGACAAGCUACUAAGGAUGCUGGGAGAAUUGCUGGAUUAGAAGUACUAAGGAUUAUCAAUGAACCCACUGCUGCUGCCCUUUCAUAUGGAAUGAACAACAAGGAGGGUUUAAUUGCUGUUUUUGAUUUGGGCGGUGGUACUUUUGAUGUGUCGAUUCUUGAGAUCUCCAAUGGAGUUUUUGAGGUCAAAGCCACCAACGGUGAUACAUUCCUUGGUGGUGAGGACUUUGAUGGAGCAUUGCUUGACUACUUGGUUAGCGAAUUCAAGAGGACGGAUAACAUUGACCUAUCCAAAGACAAAUUGGCCUUGCAAAGGCUGAGAGAAGCCGCUGAGAAGGCAAAGGUGGAGCUCUCAUCAACCACGCAAACAGAAAUAAACCUGCCGUUCAUUACUGCCGACGCUUCUGGUGCAAAGCAUUUCAAUGUCACAUUGACUCGUUCAAAGUUUGAAGCUCUAGUCAGUCAUUUGAUUGAGAGAACACGCAUCCCCUGUGAGAAUUGCUUGAAGGACGCAGGCAUCUCCGCGAAAGAAGUUGAUGAAGUUCUACUAGUUGGUGGGAUGACUAGGGUUCCAAAGGUUCAAGGAAUUGUUCAGGAAAUUUUCAGGAAAGCCCCCAGCAAGGGUGUGAACCCUGACGAAGCGGUUGCGAUGGGAGCUGCCAUACAAGGCGGAAUUUUGAGGGGUGAUGUUAAAGAGCUACUCCUGCUGGAUGUAACACCACUAUCUCUUGGAAUUGAAACUCUUGGAGGGAUAUUCACCAGGCUCAUUAAUCGGAAUACCACCAUCCCGACUAAGAAGAGCCAGGUGUUUUCGACAGCAGCUGAUAACCAGACCCAAGUGGGGGUUAGGGUUCUUCAAGGUGAGAGGGAGAUGGCAGUGGAUAAUAAGCUUCUCGGUGAAUUCCAGCUCGAAGGCAUUCCUCCUGCUCCAAGAGGUAUGCCUCAAAUUGAAGUUACUUUCGAUAUCGACGCUAAUGGGAUAGUUAAGGUAUCGGCCAAGGAUAAGGCAACAGGGAAAGAGCAAGAGAUCACUAUAAGAUCUUCGGGUGGUUUAUCGGAGGAGGAGAUUGAGAAGAUGGUGAAGGAGGCAGAGCUGCACGCGCAGAAGGAUCAGGAGAGGAAGGCGCUGAUCGACAUCAGGAAUAGUGCUGAUACCACUAUUUAUAGCAUAGAGAAGAGCCUGGGAGAGUACAAGGAGAAGAUCCCUUCGGAUGUUGUUAAAGAGGUUGAGUUGGCUAUCACUGAUUUGAGGGCUGCAAUGGGUCAAGAUGAUGUGGAUAAAAUCAAGGAGAAGAUUGAUUCUGCGAAUAAGGCUGUAUCCAAGAUUGGGCAGCAUAUGCACCAGGGUGGCGGUGGUGAUAGUGGUGGUAGUGGUAGUGCUGCUGGAGACGAGACUCCCGAAGCAGAAUACAAGGAAGCUAAGGAAGCUAAGGUGUAGGCUUAUAUGGCAUCUGGUCUGAAUCUUUUUUCUUCUUAUACUUAAAAUUCAUUUUGAUGAUUAUCAGAGUUUGGUGAUACGAAGAGUCUUUUAGAGGAUUUCAGGAGGGGUAGAUUCUUGUUUGCUUUUUCGUUUUUGUAUUGUUACCUAUCUAAACUUAGAGGACAUGUUCUUCUUAUUAUUUAUCGUUUUUGUUGUUGUUUACUUAUAAUUUAAGCUUUAUUAGUUAUCUUGUUA